AUGAAGGUGAACGCAGCUCAGUUCAUGGCACUCUAUGCCUGGUAUUCCUGGCCUAACGUGGUUCUCUGCUUCUUUGGAGGUUUUCUGAUAGACAGAGUUUUUGGAAUACGGUUGGGCACUAUAAUAUUUAGUAUCUUUGUCUGUGCUGGGCAGGUAGUUUUUGCUUUGGGAGCACUACUUAAUGCUUUCUGGCUGAUGGAUGCAGGCAGAUUCAUAUUCGGAAUAGGCGGAGAGUCCUUAGCAGUGGCACAAAACACGUAUGCAGUCAGCUGGUUUAAAGGCAAGGAGUUAAAUCUUGUGUUUGGAUUACAGCUAAGCAUGGCCAGAAUUGGAAGCACAGUGAACAUGAAUAUCAUGGGAUGGAUAUACUCUAGAGUUCGAGAUCUUCUGGGGUGUAGUGGUGCCAGUACUCUUGGGUUAACUCUCAUGAUAGGUGGUGUAACAUGUCUCUUUUCACUGAUGUGUGCAUUAAUCCUUGCUUAUCUGGACAGGAGAGCAGAGAAGCUACUUUCUAAAGAGCAAGGGAAAACAGGUGAAGUGAUUAAGCUAACUGAUGUGAAGGACUUCUCUUUGUCCUUGUGGCUUAUGUUUGUAAUCUGUGUCUGUUACUAUGCAGCGGUUUUUCCUUUCAUUGGACUUGGAAAGGUUUUCUUUAUUGAGAAAUUCAAAUUCUCACCUCAAGAAGCAAGUGCAAUUAACAGUAUUGUGUAUAUUAUAUCAGCACCCAUGUCACCAGUCUUUGGACUCCUGGUGGAUAAACUUGGAAAGAAUAUCAUCUGGGUUUUAUGUGCUGUAAUAACUACACUUGCUUCUCAUAUUAUGUUGGCUUUUACCUUCUGGAACCCCUGGAUAGCAAUGUGUUUGCUAGGAGUGGCAUACUCACUGCUUGCCUGUGCCCUGUGGCCCAUGGUGGCUUUUGUUGUUCCAGAACACCAGCUGGGAACUGCUUAUGGCUUCAUGCAGUCUAUCCAGAAUCUCGGUCUGGCGAUUAUUGCUAUAGCAGCAGGGAUGAUUCUGGACACAAGAGGAUACUUGUUUCUUGAAGUCUUCUUCAGUGCUUGUGUUUGUUUGUCACUAAUAGCUGUAGUCAUGCUGUAUUUUGUGAAUCACCUUACAGGUGGUGAGCUCAACUGGUCUGUGAAGAAAAGGGAAAAACUGCAAAAAGCAGCUGCAACUGAGUAA